AGAGAGAGAGAGAGAGAGAGAGAGAGAGAGAGAGACGCGUGCGCUUUAUUACUGCCGCAAACAUUUUGGCAGUGUUUGUGCGUGUGUGUGGAGCAUUUUAAAGUGUUUAAGUGCAGAUAAAUCAUCGACUAUCACUCGUGUUGUAUGUUAAACUGUGUACAUAAUUCAUAAUUCACUCAGAACAACCAGAUGACAUUUAAAUAACAGGAUUCCGCGUCCGCAUGGACUAGUGCAGUGUGCCAUUGAUUAUUGUUAUUGUCACACACAAACAAGCACAACCACGACAAACACGCAGCUCUGUCUAAUGCACAUCUUAUUAUUCUACAUAUAUGUCGCACUGUUCUUUUUUUCAAGUUACUUGUCCGGUCGGGCAAGUAAAAUUCUCUCUCACUUGCCCAUACAAAACAUUUACUUGUCCCGGACAAGCGUUAAUGUCGAGCCUUGCAAAUUAUUGCCAUAUUUCAGACGUAACGUACCGUUCUUUUUAGGCACAAGUUCGUCGCUGUCAUUUUCCUCGCUCGUCUCUAUUCCUGCCAUAUUUAUUUUCCUCUCUCUGCUUUGAGCCGCUAGGUUCACCUUUGGGCCCGCGAUCUAGCCAAUAGUAUAAUAGCACCUACUUGGCGGGUAUAAAGAUAGUAAUGCCCCUUCUGAUUGGUCGAAUUUGGACAAUCUAAGCAUGCAACACACAAAUGAUUGACACAUGAAACUAAUUUAAUUUAUCGCAACUCUCUGCGAUAUGGAUAUCGCAUAUACUAUUAUCGAUAUAACGAUAAUUUUCCGAUAUAUCGUGCAGCCCUAGUUUUUGAACCUUAAAUCACACGGUACACACAUUGCAUUACAUCUAAACCAAACGAUAAUAUUCGUUUUAGCCCUGUCAUAUGACCCCUUUAGCAAUUCCAGUCUCAUUUGUUUGUUUUUUCUCCUAAGCAAUUUAAGGAAAACACUUUUGAGAUGAAGUUGAUAUUUCAACGAAACACAACUGAAAACUCUAUCCAAUCUCCUGAGACAUAAAGGUGCAAUAAACUUUUCCUCUCAGGGUGGGUGGGCUCUUUCGACCCUGCCGAACAGUCUAGCAUGUUCAUCCCCAAAAACCUCUCAUGUAGAUAUUUAAAUGAUUCAAAGAACAUGGUCCUUGUUUUGGAAUGAGUUAUAAUGAAAAAAUAUUUUUUUGUGGAGUCAGAAACACUCCCUACAGCUCAACCGGUGAAAUCACGGUGGCCUGGAUCCUCACUAACACAAGCCAGAUGUUGUGUGUGACGGAUAGAUUCCCUUCCCCCUGCUGUUGUAAUGCAAACAGCUCAGCCACACCCUCAGAAACACCUACGUUUGGCUGAUGCGUGUGCUCCUCAACUCAGUGUUUGUCUGUCAGAGAAUACGGCAGGAUUAAAGCCGGCGCUCCUGCGGGGAAUGUAAAGUCUGCUCUGGAGGAAAAUGAAGGUUAACAUGCGUGUGAGGCGUUUGUAAGGCAGCGGCCAUCCGCUGGUCUCAAGAUGACGAGCGCAGGAGAAAGCAUCCGUGUGUGAUGUUCCACCUCUCUUCUGCGAGCUCCAGGGCUGGGAUGAAUAAAGUCGUGCUGUGGUCGGAGGAGACGGUCUCCGUCUGGCUGACGGAUCAGGGCUUGCAGGAAUACGCGGAACCUUUGAGGAACUGUGACGGGGCGGCUUUGUUAAAUCUCACCGCGGAUGAUUUCCAGAGACCCCCACUCUCCAGGGUCACGUCGGACGGCGGCAGGCACCUCCUGGAAAAGAUGGAGACGCUCAAGAUGGAACAUCACAUCGAUGCGCACAAGAACGGACACGCCAACGGGCACGUGGUCUUGAGUCACGACGGGAAUGCCAGCAAGGUUCUGAGGAACGGUGCGGCAAAUGGCUUCCAUAAAGAGCUGGUGAAGAUCGCCAUACCUGAAGCCACUUCUCCUCAGUUCCCCGCCGAGUGGGGGAAGACGGCGGUGGCCCUCGUGUACGCUUUAUUCUGCUUCGCAAUGACCACCGUCAUCAUUUCGGUGGUCCACGAGCGCGUGCCUCCUAAGGAGGAAACUCCGCCGCUCCCUGACAAGUUCUUUGACGUUUUUGAGCGAGUGGGGUGGGCAUUCACCGUGUGUGAGAUAAACGGAAUGAUUCUGAUGAUCCUGUGGAUUGUACAGUGGAGUCUCCUGAAACACAAGUCAAUCGUGGGUCGGCGUUUUUGCUUCAUCGUGGGGACGCUGUACCUGUACAGAUGCAUCACCAUGUACGUCACAACUCUUCCAGUGCCCGGCCUGCACUUCAGAUGCUCUCCUAAGGUGCAUGGCGACUGGGAGUCUCAGAUGCGACGGGUGAUGAAGAUGAUCGCAGGAGGGGGUUUGACCAUCACCGGCUCUCAUAACCUGUGUGGAGAUUACCUGUACAGCGGUCACACGGUCAUGCUGACACUGACCUAUCUCUUCAUGAAAGAGUAUUCUCCCAGAAGGUUUUGGUGGUACCACUGGGGCUGCUGGGCUCUGUGUGCGGUGGGAGUGUUUUGCAUUUUGCUCGCUCAUGAUCACUACACCAUCGAUGUGGUUGUGGCCUACUUCAUCGCCACCCGCCUCUUCUGGUGGUAUCACACAAUGGCCAACCAGCAGGCGCUCAAAGAGACGGCCCAGACCAACUUUUUUACCCGAGUGUGGUGGUACCGAUUUUUCCGGUACCUGGAGGAGAACGUUCCCGGCGUCGUUCCUCGCAGCUUUGUGAAGCCCUUCUCCUGGAGGUCGCUGCAGUGGGGACACGUGAAGUACACGCGAAUAGACUCGGACUGACCGCGAUCAUGCCAGCGUUUGGAAGAUGCUCUCCACUACCAGGAGAUGGUGUCCCAAGCGUCCGCAUGGGACUGAUUUUCAGACCUUGGAUCUACAUGUUAGCGUUUAUGGGGACGAGAACAGUUUUGGCUUUAUGAUAACGGUUGACAAGACUCCUCCAGGCCAAACCAGACACGGUCAAGUCAUUGUCGUCUCUCUGGUUGUGUUUUUGGGUAUUGCUCGUAGCUCAAAUGAUGAAUUGCACAACAGCACUAACAAAUGGGUGUUCACAACACAACCGAGCCAAAAAUGCCAAGAGUUUUCUGAAUAACUUGAUUAUGUUUAAUCUAAUAAUCUUCUGCCCCGUUUAUAUGCACAAAGAUAUUUUUGUUUAUCCAAGUUGAAGGUUACAUUUUUCUACCAGACAAUACGUGCUGUCGCAGGAGGUUUCUAUCAUUUGUAUCAUUUUUUUAUAUCGAGACGUACAGAUGAUGUAUUUUGUUUGAAUAAUCCGAUGUUCCUCAAGUGCCUUAAUGAUCAGUUUGAACAGUGUUCAGCUGUUAUCGUGUAUUCGUGGUGUCAGUGUUUCGGACCGCACGCUUGUGGUGUCGGCAUCUUCAUAUGCUUGAAUCAGAAGUGUCUCUUCAUCAGCGAAUGUAAAGAGCCAGUUCUGUUCCAUCAACAAAGCUAAUCCACAUGUCCUUAACCAUUUCUCCCGCAAUGAAGUGUUUUCAGUGUAUUUAUUUAUGUUUUGACACAUGACUGAGUUUUGUGUGUGCUGAGACUGAGAGUGUCUUGUGAUUCUCUUCAGGCCAGAACUUAUUAUCUGUCCGUUGACUACUUAAUACAACAAGCUGCUAACCAUGAUGUAGUUGGGCCUGUUCCUCCGUUGACCCACAAAAUAAAUGUCAAAUAUUAGCACAACAUGACUUUGUUUCUUUACAAUUGACCUUUUUUAUUUGCAAUGCUUAUCAUGUAUACAGUGCGUGCAUAAUUAUUAGGUACAUUGAUUUUCUGAACAUAUUUUUUACCUGGCA